AUGGAGUCCCCACCGAAGCCUUCCUCCCAGCAAGGAGACACCAGCGAUGAGAAGAUGAAUUCCGUCAAACGGCUGCUCGAUGAGACAGACAACCCUGGUAAAGCGACUGUCGUUCUCAAUCUCCAGGAAUCUACCUCUGACCCAGAAUCUAACCAAGACGAAGACGACUCAUCUGACGAGGAUGACCCAUGGCUUAAUGCUGGAGCACAGCCCGGAGUCCCCGCGACCCGUGAGCACGGCAUCUCCGAGGCCGAGGUGUCCAACGGCCAUGCCGCAGAGUACUACCAGGAGAGAAACACCCACGAUCCCGGCUCAUGGGAACAUGCGCUAGCCCUGGCUGAACAAGAUGAUGCCGUGGGACACACAGCGUCAGUCGGCACAAAUCCAUGCCUCAGUUGCGUCCUUUGCCCAUGUCGUCUCCUCGCCACUAUUGGAAAGUCGUGCGCCGAUAUUCCUCGGAAGAUGCGCAAAUCUGGCAACACCGACACUGAGAAGGGACAACCGAUGGCACCUAAUCGCUUUGAGCUCUACCUAAAGAAGGCCUUGUUUGAAGAAGCGGUCAAUAUUUCAACUACCGUUGACGAGCCUGGAUGGGCCAAUGAUUCCGAUCCUUCAAUGCAUACUGUUGUUUUUCCCGGAUGGAAUGAUCCCGCCGAAGAGUUCAAACUGCAGCCACUGGGGAAAUUCGUGGCCGAGACUAAGAAAGCUCUAGACGAUUUUCUCGAACAUUUCCAAUUCGGUGGUAAUCUCACAGCUAUGGGCAAUAGAGGUGGCUUCACGUCCACAGGCUUACCGAGCCUCUUGAAGAAGUCAUUCACAACGGCGGAAGAUCAAGAUCUCGCGCUCAAGUGCUUUGACAAUGGCGAGGUGCCUCCACCGCAGAUCAUCAAGGUCUCGAACCAAGCCACGCCAUGGUCCAGCAGUGGAGGUGGACGGCGCCAAGCUCUGCGGGUGCCUGAGCAGACUACCGAGUAUAGCUCGGGCGAAGGGCUGAUCGCGACGAUCCCCCAGAUGAUCGGCCUGCUCCACCUGCAAUAUCAAACCUUGACCAGGCUUGUUUCGUCGCAGGCUUUUGUCUUUGAGAAGCCUAUCGAUUCUAGUGGGGGGCUGCUUCGGAGGGGAAUUUUGCUCAAGGGGCGACCGGAAGGGUUAUCGCAUAUUGGGCAGAAUACGAGGAUUGCUGUCUUGUUUCCGAUGGAUAGUGCUUGGGUCAGAGAGCAAUUCUUCUGGGCGUGA